CUAUUGACGUGUCGUAUUCAGUUAUUAUUGAGGAAAAACACGGGCUGUUUUUCCUGUUUCUUCUUCUCUAUCAAACCGACAGUUAUUAGCAACAGAUAAAACAAUGUCAGAGCCCAGUAAACACGAUAUCGCAACGAUUUUUAAGCGUCUUCGCUCCGUCCCUACGAAUAAGGUUUGCUUUGACUGCUCAGCUAAAAACCCCAGCUGGGCCAGCAUCACUUAUGGUGUGUUCCUGUGUAUAGACUGCUCGGGGACACACAGGUCUCUCGGGGUGCACCUGUCCUUUAUCAGGUCCACUGAGCUGGAUUUCAACUGGUCGUGGUUUCAGCUGCGAUGUAUGCAAGUUGGAGGCAACGUCAGUGCGAUUUCAUUUUUCAACCAACAUGGGUGCACAGCCAACGCUGCCAAUACCAAGUACAACAGCCGAGCUGCUCAGCUGUACAGAGAGAAGAUAAAGACAUUGGCCACGCAAGCCACCAGACGCCACGGCACUGAUUUGUGGCUCGACAGUCAGGCUCCUCUCUCCCCGACAUCCCCAGACGACAAACAGGUGGAUUUCUUCAGUCUGCAUUCACAGACUCCUCCCGAAAAUCUGAACAUGGCCAAAAUGAGUCUCAGCUCCUCCACAUCAGAGAAGCCUUCAAGCGUGGAAAAAGAUGAAGACAGUAAUGGUAAUCUCGAUGAGGGUCCCAGUGUGGACAUGCUGAGUGUUUCUCCCAAAGCAAAUCUAGAGCCGUCCUCUCUCAUCAAGAAGAAGCCAGCUGCUGCCAAGAAAACAUUGGCCUCUAAGAAAGGCGGUCUGGGCGCUCAGAAGGUGAGCAGUAAGAGUUUUUCGGAGCUGGAGAAGAAGGCUCAAGCUGCCGACAAGCUCAGGGAGAAAGAAGAGAGUGAAGCCGCUCCGAAGAACAAUCAACCGGAGGAAUCCAUCGCUCCGUCACUGAGACUGGCCUACAAAGAUCUGGAGCGACAGAGGAAAAUGGAGGAGAAGAAGCUGAUGGGAUUAGAGGGGAAGAAGAAAGAGCAAGCUGAGAGACUGGGCAUGGGUCUGGGCAUGAGGAGUGGAGUGUCUCACUCUGUGACGGCGGACAUGCACAUAAUCCAGCAGGAGAAUCCACUGGGCGCCAGGAGCACCAAAGGACGACGGUUUGCGGAUGACGAUGAUGAUGACGGGUCCUUCACCUCUAGGGUUUCAUCUCGAUUUGAUGAUCAAACAGAGACCUCAGACGGCUGGGACAACAGAGGCGAGGGAGGAGGCUGGAUGAAGGAGAGCAAGAAGCCGGAGCCGGACUUCUAUUUGACCUCCACUAUAUCGUCUCUGAACGACAGGCCCUCAGGCAGAAGAAAACCAGAAGCUGUGCCGGUGGUUGACAGCGGAGAAGCUCAGAAAAAGUUUGGGAGUGACGUGAAGGCAAUCUCUUCUGACAUGUACUUUGGAAAACAAGAUAAUUCUGAGUAUGAGGCAAAAACAAGACUGGAGAGAUAUUCUGGGAGUUCCUCUAUAAGUUCAGCGGACCUCUUUGAUGAUCCAAAGAAACCGGCUGCAAGUUCGUAUCGUCUGAGCAACGUGCUGCCGAGCGCUCCUGACAUGACGCAGCUCAAACUGGGAGUGCGCUCAGUCGCAGGAAAACUCUCCGUCAUGGCCAGCGGCGUAGUUAACACAAUUCAGGAUCACUACGGCUCUUGAGUCAUGGAGUAUCUCCUCUUGGAUUCAGCGCAGUCGUCCUCGGUUUAACAGAGUCAGAUAAGUUUCUCAGAUGAGCAUCAAAAUUUAACCCCCAAUAAUCCCCACAGUUAUCUAGUUUUUAAUGAGAUAAUGUAUAUAAAAUUAUUGCUGGAACCAAGAUGAUGGAAGCACAAUAUUUUCAGUGGAAUAAUGUUUCCCUGCAGGCAUCUUGAAGGGAGAUUUACAUUUAUAUUUCAGUUAUGAAGAAUAUUUAGUUUGCAGUUGCUUGGUUGGCUUUGAGGUCUUGGGGUUUAAAUAUUUAGAAGUAUUAUAUGUAGCAGAGGGUUUAUGGUGUUUUGAAGGAUGGUUUUGAUUCUUUUAGUUGACAAGGUAAAAAAAAAUCUAAGCAGUGGAGACAAUUUUAAUUGGUUAACAUACUCUCGCUCAUAUGCUGGAGUUUUAGGGCCACAUUGAGGAAAAAUGUUUUUUUUCUCGUAAUAUUAUGACUUUAUUCUCUAAACUUUUUUUUUCUUGAACAUGGCCCUAAUCCUCUGUCGUACGCUCAUUACAUGCUCAGUGUUUUGGGCUUUUUUUUGAGUCGAAGAGUAAUUAUAUUUUACUUUUUUUUGCACGUUCCUGCAGAUUUGAAAGUGUCCUUUCUGUCCCCGAAGUGCACUUAUGUUUGCUCCACCACAGACAGGACCAAAACUUGACAAAGAGGCCUUGGGGGACCAGAUGUAUAUUAUCUUAAUCGCGCACACGAUCAGUUUUUUAAAUUGAAAGUGGCCUCAUUAGCAUAUAAGCUUCACUAUCUUGCAAACAUGUUUUGCGUUUCUUUGUUUUGAAUGGCAUCUGUAAUCACAGAAGAUGGCACGAGGCCUAAACAGCUAUUAAAAAGUGAGUUUAAAGGAUAAGUUGGACACUUUGAGAAAUAAUGCUAGUCCGCUUUCUUGCAAGCAGUACGUUGAAAAGACUGAUAGCACUCUCUUAUGUCUUCUUUUAUCUCAUGGACAGAUAAGACGGUGGUUUCAGUCUGCAUCAAAGCAAUCUCUUUAAUCGCACUAGAAUGACCCUGCACGGUGGAGGUCAGCUGCACUUUCUUUCUCAAUCCUGUUGCUUUGAAUCUGACACUUUAAAACGUUGAAAUACGGUCAACAUUGUAACGUGUAGAUAAAUUGAAUUUUGAAGGGUGCCUUGUGAUGUUUUGGUUUUAAUUUGUAGCUUCUUUCUGUUGGUGUUUACAUGUCUGCAGUGACUUUCUACGUUGCCCCCUUUUGGUAUUUAAUUUAAAGACUCUUGAAGGCUGGAAUUUCCUGAUGCGAUGGGACCUUUUGUAGCUUUUGAGGCCCUUUGGACAGCGACACAUGUCCACUUAAACUAGGAAUCCCUUUAAUGCCUUCAUUUUUUUGUUGCUGUAACAUACUGCCAAGGUCAUAUCUUUAAUUCUGAACUGUUUUGGGGGCACAAAUAGCCCUACAUGUGAUGCUAUUGUGUCAUUUUUUGGAUUUGACAUUUAAAAGCAAUAGAAAGAGCAGUUUGAUAUUGGUGGCUCUGGUAUGGAAUAACUACGGCAUGUGCUUUAGCAUUUAGGAAAAGCUUCCUGUGAGCUUUUUUAAGAUCUGAUUGGAAACUGGGUGAUUAUAUUACUGAGCAAUUACUGUACUGUUUAUGCUUCUCAGGAGUUUAUUUUCAGUUAAAAAAAAAAGAAACACUAAAAGUUGUAGAUCCUUCAAUGGCCAAAUAUUUGUUUACUCCAUCACUCAAUGCCUUAGUCCAAAGAUCUCUUAUUAAUGCGCCCUCACAUUGCAAAAUUGUCGAGUCAUCUGGUUACCUUUUUGCACAUUAUUUUCGUAAUAAAAAAUGCAUGUGGCAGCUUUUGCUUGAAUGUACUGUAUCGCAAAUUUGCCUCUAAGUUGUCGUUGCGUCCAUGUUAAUUUGUUGAUCUUUGUAAGAUUGUGUCUUCUGCUGUUGAAUAUGGUUAAAUGUUACAGAAAAGAAUAGUAGCUUGCGAAAUAUGCAUGGCCCUUUUAGUGAGUAGGACACGCCCACACAUCCUGAAUACAAGAUGGCAUUCUGCUGAUGGGACCCAUUUAAUAAGAAUAAUGAUGAUGGAAUAACAGAGUUGUUCAAUAACAACUGUGUACAACUGCUACAUACAAUGUUGUAUAGGGCUUUGAAUUACUGUUUAUAGAAAGCUACUGAUAAUCAAGUUUUGACAUAUUUUGACACUCAAAAUGUAGGUAAGAUUUUUGGAAACAUGCCAAAUAAAAGGCUUGUGCCGAA